AUGGACUUUGCAGUAAGUAAGAUUCAGCAACUUCGAAAUUUACCUCGCAAUUUUAAGGGGGAGGUUGCGACUGUGGUCUUUGAUGACUCUGUGGAUGUUCUCAUCUACGCCUGCGUGUUAUAUGUUGUUCUCGUGUUUUGCGUCCCCACGCACGUAAUGAAAAACCGUGAGCCUUUUAACCUGCGGGUGCCCCUCAUUAUCUGGAACCUUGCACUCUGUCUCUUUUCCGUAUGCGGCACUGUAUCGUGUGUUAAUAACAUGAUCUACCUCUACCUGGAUCGCGGGUUCUACAAGACCACCUGCUUUUUCGACAAAAACGUCACCUUUGACGGGGAAUUAGCAUUCUGGGUCUUCUACUUUAUUCUUUCCAAAAUUCCUGAAAUGCUUGACACCGUCUUCCUCGUCUUUCAAAAGAAACCUGUGAUCUUUCUGCACUGGUACCACCACCUUACAGUCACCAUUUUCUGCUGGCACGCUGGAAGCGCGCUGAUUUCCAGCGGGCUGUGGUUUGCAACGAUGAACUACUGCGUGCACGCCAUCAUGUAUUUCUACUACUUUAUCUGUGCAUGUGGACUGCGUAAGAUGAUUCGCCCCAUUGCCCCAUUCAUCACGAUGAUGCAGCUCCUCCAAAUGGUGGUGGGGACGCUCAUUGUGGGAUACACGGCCUACCACUCGUACCUGAGCGGGUACGGCUGCGAGGUGAACCGCACAAGCAUUCGUCUUGGCCUUGUGAUGUAUGCCAGUUACUUUGUCCUUUUCGCCAUGCUAUUUGGAAGGCUGUACCUGAAGAAGGGCAAGUCGACUGGUGUCGCCGCCCACGCAUCGGAAAAAAUGCGCAAUGGAAAAAACUAG